AUGUCUGGGGUCUACGAUGAGCACUCGUCCCGCGCCACCCGGCAAACGGACGACUCGCGUCGCCACCGCGACGACAGACGGUCUCGUUCGCCCGGCCGUGCGCCCAGGCGGCGGUCCAGAGACGCGGGCCAUGAACGCAAGAGGACUACGGAGCGUAGACGCCAAGAAGACGAUGCCUCGACCUCACGGCGGCAUCGCUCGCCACACAGACACCACCACCGACGCAAAGAGCGCGACUCGCCCGCGGUUGUGGCACAGCCGCCCGCCACCCUGCCCUUUGACGCCCGCGCGCUGACCAAAGGCGACCUGCGCAAGUUCGAGCCUUUGCUUGCGCACUACCUCGAUCUGCAGAAGCAGAAGUACAUGGACGACAUGGACGACCGCGAGGUCAGGGGCCGCUGGAAGAGCUUCAUGGGCAAGUGGAACAGGGGCGAGCUGGCCGAGGGCUGGUAUGACCCGGCCAUGUUCCAGAGGAUCCUGGAAUCGUACGCACAGGACGAUCUGGACGCGCCAACAGGGCGGCCAGAGCCGGACAGGGGAGGCGGGAGAUAUUCACGGGCAGAGGAGCAUCAGCAACACAGUGACCUUGAUGCCGACGAUGCCGACGAUGCUGGAGAUGCCGAUGCCGAUGCCGACGACUCUGAUUACGGGCCGGCCCUACCUGCAGCAUCCUCUCGCCGGGGCAAGCGCAUCGGCGUCGGCAUCCCAUCCAAGGACGACCUCGCCCUGCGCGAUGAGACCCGGGCGGAGGACCGCGAAGCCGCGCGUCAGGACCUGCGCGCCGACCGCCGCGCCGACCGCAAGCUGCAAAAGGAGCGCCUGGACGAGCUCGCGCCCCGGGCCGAGGCGGGGACCCGCGAGCGCCAGCUGGAGAAGAAGCGCGAGGUCGGCGACAAGAUGCGGCAGUUCCGCGAGGGUGGCAGCCCCGGGCCGAUGGCGGCGGCCAACGAAGCGGAGCUGAUGGGCGGCGGGGACGCGCUGGCCGAGUACAAGCAGCGCAAGGUGGAGGAGCAGCGGCGCAAGUCGGAGCGCGAGGUGCGGCGCGAGGAGCUGCAGCGCGCCAAGGAGGAGGAGAUGGAGGAGAGGAGGCGGCGGUGGCAGGAGAGGGAGGAGGGCACGAUGAGCAUGCUGCAGGAGCUGGCAAGGCAGCGAUUCGGGCCAGGCAGCUGA